UGUCACAAAUACGCUGAAAUUGUUAGUGAAUCGAGUUGACGAUCUUUAUUAAUUUUUAAAUAAUACUUCAAUUAUAAAUAUUUAUAUUGUAAUGAUUUAUUAAUCUUUAAAAUCACUAAAACAUUUUAGGUGCGUCUUUGUAAAUCGUUUUCAAUGAUUAUAAUACAAACCAUCAUUUGAGUUUGAGCCAUGUUAUUGUGGUUUUUAUUUAGUUUUUCAUUAUUUAAUAAAAGUGUUUAUAAUGCAGAAGAUAUUAGUUGUGGCUGUGGUGAUAUCAACAGAAAUAUCUAUAAAAACAUAUUUGUUUCAAAACGUACUAUAGAUUCGACAGAGCAAUGUACUUUAAAAAGUGAAAUGGUAACUAAUGAAUUUCAGAGCACCCCUGAGAAUGAUAUGGUGCUAGUGUCUGGUGGCGAAUAUCAAUUUGGCACAGACGAUAUUAUCAUAGAAACAGAUAAAGAAGGUCCUAGUAGAAUUGUUAAAAUAAACAGUUUUUAUUUAGACAAGUAUGAAGUAUCAAACAUAGAUUUUUAUCAUUUUGCCAAAAGUACUAAUUAUAAGACUGAAGCUGAAACUUUUGGAGAUAGUUUUGUCUUUGCAUUAUUUCUAAAUAGAACAUUUAGAGAAGAAUUAAAGGAUUUCCGUGUUGGACAGGCACCAUGGUGGUACAAAAUUGAUGGUGCCGACUGGAAUCACCCUCAUGGUCCAGACUCAAAUAUAAAAGAUAUCAUGAACCACCCUGUUAUACAUGUAUCAUGGAGAGAUGCUGUAGCAUAUUGUCUGUGGAGAAAUGCUAGAUUACCAACAGAGGCAGAAUGGGAGGCAGCAUGCCGUGGUGGUCAUCGGAAUACAAAGUAUCCAUGGGGUGACAAACUGUUUCCUGAUAAAAAGUAUAUGGCCAAUAUCUGGCAAGGUAAUUUUCCAAAUCAUAAUUCAGCCAAAGAUGGAUACAUUGGCACUAGUCCAGUAAAAUCUUUUUUAGCAAAUGAUUUUGGAUUCUAUAAUAUGGCUGGAAAUGUAUGGGAGUGGACUCAAGACAGUUGGUCCAAAGAUCAACCUGAAGAAAAGGUAAAAAAAGGUGGCUCGUAUUUGUGUCAUCGUUCUUAUUGCUACCGUUAUAGAUGUUCUGCUCGCUCACACAAUACUGAGGAUAGUUCGGCUGGCAAUUUAGGGUUUCGUUGCGCCAAGUCUCUUUGAACUUAGUGUUUAUUUUAAGCAUUUUAUAAUGUUGUCUAAAGUACUUAAAAUAUGCUAGUUAUGUCAUGUUUUCAAAUCCUGGAAUCAGCUGAGGUAUGGCUGACAGUGCUUAAAAAUUUUUAUUUAUUUAAAGUAUAUUAAACACGUAAGUGAAAUUUAAUAAAUUUAAUUCUACUAUUAGUCACUCCAAUUCUACUACACUAACUUGCUGUUUAAAUAACAGUAACGUUAAAAUUUUUCAUAUAAACUAGUUUCAAUGUAUAAGGUAUAGCUGAGAAACAUGUUAGAAUUAUAGAGGGAAAUGUUGCUCAGCAGAGGGAGCCAAUACUAUUAUUAUAUUAGGUGUUAUUAUAUGACACUAUAAUCUAACAGCACCCCACACAACACGUCACUUUAAAUAUUUGUCUAUAAGGGUAAAUGUGCUAUUCCACAUUUACCAAUGAUGCGAUUGGUACCCGAAUAAACACUCCACUAGGCUUGUUUUUUAAGUAUUAAUUUAAUUUGGUCUAAAAUACCUGAGGUAAGUAUAUUAAAUGUAGAACCUACUACGUCUGUGCAGGAGCGGAGUAAGAAUGCGAUAUGUUACCACUCUUUGUCUCUCCCUAAGAUAUCCUAAGAACUGUUUAGGGUAUAAAAGCGUAAGUAAAUGAGUGUCACAGAAGGAAAACUGGACUUAAAGGUCCGAGGCAGAUAUGUGUACCAGUAGAUCGUUAACGCGUUGUUACGAUUGUCUUAGUACCUAACAGCAUAACCAUUUUAGAAUCUGCAUGUACUACCACCAAUGUUUAUAUAAUUACUAUAAUAUAUUGAUUGUGAUAUUUAUAUAUGUGAUUAAAGUUAUAGGUACUUAAUGAUUUAUUAUUUUUUGUUAAUAUAUUUUCAACAUU